GAAUUAUGCUUUAUGAUCACAUUGUUUUUUUUUUCCUAAAUGAAGAUUUGUCAAGCUUGUAAUUCUUUUUGAAAUCAUUUUACUAUGUUGGACUUCCUGUGCUGGAUUUUUAAAAAUAAUUCUAUUAACCAUAUUAAUUCACACUUACUUUUCCACUGAACUUUGGCUUUUCUAGUGGAUUUUAUCUGUUUAGAGGAUUUAUAAGUCUGUAUCUAGCAUUACAGUUUGCUUGCUUUUCCUGAUUGCAUAGCUGUAUAUCUCUUACAUAUAAGGGUUAAUGAGUAGCCAGAUUAGACUUACCCAAACCAUUGUUACAUGAAGAGCCAUGGCUCACUGACUUCCAUCAUCAUACUUAUUCCCCUUUACUUAAUAGAUUAAAAUAGCUUUUAAAAGUUGAGGUUUUAUUUUUAAAAAAACAACAACAUAUAAUUUGUAGUUUUGCUUCCCUGAAGAUUCUCAUAUUACUGUUAAUUUUCAACCGUGGCAGUUAACAUGUGUUUAGUAAUGGUUUAAUCUGCUUGCCUCCAGUCUUGUACCUCUUUCCCGUUUUUUACCUGUGGAUUUGCAUGUUUGACCUAGCAGAAUAAUUGGGUCCACAGCAACAUGGGCGUGCCGCCCUUAGAAACACUUAGUUUCAUGUAUGACUCAUAAGCUGAAGCACAGACACCACUUCCCCAAUCUACAGGAGCCAUUUUAACAGCAUAAAACUUGCUGGGUUGCUUUUCAUUUUCAAGCCCAAGGGACGGCGUCUAAAAAGAAAGAAAGUUUGAAGGCCCAGAAGGUUGAGAGAAGAAUAAUUUCAGAAGUACUGCCUUGGUUUGUUUAGAAUCAACGAAUCAAGAAGAUUUGAAGUAUCUUCCCUAAAGAAACGUGGGUAUCCUGUAAUUUUACAGACUUGACUGAGGGGUUUUUCCCGAACUGAUCGCUGGACUCUACUGCCUGAUACUUGAGUCUGUUUGGAUUGUUCCAUGUGGAUCUAAGGGGAAUGUUUUAUUAUGGCUGCUGUUGUCCAACAGAACGACCUCGUAUUUGAAUUCACUAGUAACGUCAUGGAGGAUGAACAUCAGCUUGGUGAUCCAGCUAUUUUUCCUGCUGUAAUUGUGGAACAUGUUCCUGGAGCUGAUAUUCUCAAUAGUUAUGCUGGUCUUGCCUGUGUGGAAGAGCCUAAUGACAUGAUUACUGAGAGCUCACUGGAUGUUGCUGAAGAAGAAAUCAUAGAUGAUGAUGAUGAUGAUGACGACGACGACGACGACAUCACCCUUACAGUUGAAGCUUCCUGCCAUAAUGAGGAUGAAACUAUUGAAACUAUUGAAGCUGCUGAGGCACUCCUCAAUAUGGAUUCUCCUGGUCCUAUGCUGGAUGAAAAACGAAGUAAUAACAUAUUUAGUCCUUCUGAAGAUGACAUUGUUGCCCCAAUCACCCAUGUAUCUGUCACGUUAGAUGGGAUUCCUGAAGUGGUAGAAACUCAGCAGGUGCAAGAGACCUAUGCAGACUCACCAGGAGCCUCAUCCCCAGAACAGCCUAAAAGAAAGAAAGGGAGAAAAACUAAACCACCACGACCAGAUUCUCCAGCUACUACUCCAAAUAUAUCUGUGAAAAAGAAAAACAAAGAUGGGAAGGGAAACACAAUUUAUCUUUGGGAGUUUUUAUUGGCUCUUCUCCAGGAUAAAGCUACCUGUCCUAAAUAUAUCAAGUGGACCCAGCGAGAAAAAGGCAUUUUUAAAUUGGUAGAUUCUAAAGCAGUAUCCAGGUUGUGGGGGAAACACAAAAACAAACCUGAUAUGAAUUAUGAAACCAUGGGAAGAGCACUCAGGUACUAUUAUCAAAGGGGUAUUUUGGCCAAAGUGGAAGGUCAGCGCUUGGUGUAUCAGUUUAAAGAAAUGCCUAAAGAUCUUAUAUAUAUAGAUGAUGAGGAUCCAAGUUCCAGCAUAGAGUCUUCGGAUACAUCCUUAUCUUCAACAACCACUUCAAGUAGGAAUCAAGCAAGCCGUUCAAGAGUAUCUUCAAGUCCAGGCAUAAAAGGAGGAGCCACUUCUGUUCUAAAACCAGGGCAUUCUAAAGGGGCGAAACCCAAAGAACCUGUGGAAAUUGCACAGCCAUCAGAAGUUGUGAGGACAGUGCAGGCCUCACAGUCUCCAUAUCCUACCCAAUUAUUCCGGACUGUUCAUGUUGUACAGCCAGUACAAGCUGUCUCAGAAGGAGAAGCAACCAUAACCACCAGCACCAUGCAGGAAGAAACAUUAAGUUCUACUAUUCCAAGUAUUAGGACUAUUCAGGCUUCAUCCCAAGUUCCAGUGGUUGUGUCUCCUGGUAAUCAGCAGUUACAUACAGUAACACUCCAGACAGUGCCACUUACAACGGUUAUAGCCAGCACAGAUCCAUCAUCAAGUGCUGGAGCUCAGAAAUUUAUUUUACAAGCCAUUCCAUCAUCACAACCCAUGACAGUACUGAAAGAAAAUGUCAUGCUACAGUCACAGAAGCCGAGUUCUCCUCCAAUUGUUUUUAGCCCUGCUCAUGUACAGCAGGUUCUUACAAGCAAUGUUCAGUCCAUCUGCAAUGGAACGGUGAGUGUGGCUUCAUCUCCCUCCUUCAGUGCUACUUCUCCUGUGGUGACCUUUUCUCGAAGUUCACAACUGGUUGCUCACCCACCUGGCACUGUAAUCACUUCUGUCAUCAAAGCUCAAGAAACAAAAACUCUUGUGAAAGAAGUGAAAAAGGAGGUUGAAGAUGAUUUGGAAGAACACACAGAGAAAACUGAGCAGCCGCCACAGCCCUAUGUGAUGGUAGUAUCCAGUUCAAAUGGAUUUACCUCUCAGGUAGCUAUGAAGCAAAACGAGCUCUUGGAACCCAAAUCAUUUUAAUAUACCAAAAAAAAAUGGAUAAUUUUUUAAAUGGAACUGCAAACUAUCUGAUUAAACCUAAGAUAAACCUGCAGUUUCCUAAUUUUAUAAUUGCUAAAAACAAUUUAAUUUUGACUUCGUUAGAUGAGGAAAUCCUAGGUGUUUCUCUUUAUUCUCCAAAUGUUUCGGAAUUCAAUUUUGAAGGAACAGGCAUUUUAUACUAUGAAGACAUUCUUCUUGCGAUUUUUUUUCCAGUUGCUAUAUCGUAAGCAUUUUUAGAAUUUCUUUUCUAAUUUUACAUUGUAUUAGUUUUUCUGCCUCUUUUGUAAAUACAAUACUUAUAUAAAUCAACAAGAAAUUUAUGUAGGAACUAUUUUCAUUCCACUUAUGUUUAGUUUUGGUUCUUUCAAGUGCAAGAAAUUUAUUUUAUACUUUGUCAAAAUUAUGUCAUUUAGAUUGAUUUUAGUUGGCCACACUGUAUAACCAUGAAUAUAUAAAAUAACAUUAAAAAUUGGAAUGUAUACAUGAUACAAAUAUCUGAACCUAGUUCUGAAUAAUGGUUAGGGAAUUGUUUUUCUGCCAAGGGCCAUUUUGAUAUUUAUAUAUCAUCAUCCUUGUACUAUACAAAAUUAAUGUAAGCAGAUGGGGGCUUGCCGGCAGUCACUGGGCCAUCUUCUGUCAUGGAACAAUUGAUUUUGAAGCUUUACAUUGCCUGUAGGCUGGACAUUUCCCACCCUUAUAAAAGCAAUGGCCUAAGUGGCUUUCCUGCUAACUAGCUGUGUAAUCUAAGGCAAGACAUUUUGAUCUUACGGGGCUUUAGUUCUUUCAUAAAAAGGAGUACAUUGGACUAGACAAAUUGAUCUCAAAUUUCUUUCCUACUUCUCAUUUUUAUGAUUCUAACACCUAUAUUUUAAUAUUAUGUCAAAACAUCAGAUUAUUUCCUAAAUAAAUAUAAAUAUAGGUAAAAUAUUGUAGAAAAAUAAGUGACCCUCUUAAAAUUCAUUCUUAACUCUUUGUUCAUUAGCAUUUUAGUCCACUGUGUACUGUGAUGUUAGUAAAUUUAUAUUACUGAGUUCUGAAUGAUAUACUGCUGUUCUGAGAAAUCAAGGCUUCUACGGGCCAAGAAAAGAACUUGAGUUUUGGGCUAAUCUGGCUGAGUAGUCAGUUGUUAUAAAAGCACAAUUGGAUUAUAUUUUGGAUCAUUUUUUAUUGAGAGUGAGUGGAGAGGGAAGUUGCAUACAAAAAAACAUAUAUUCAAGUUUCUGAAAUAAGUUUUUAGAUUAUUUUUCAACUGUAUAUAAUGUACAUUUAAUGUCACAAGAAAAAUUGUUAUCUGAAAAUUUUCUAGAAUAGCCAAGAGGAAUUUUUGUAGAUGAAAAAUGAUUAUGUUUAGAGGUCUAAUGUUAUAUGUUUUCAUGUUACAAACUGAAUUUGUAUUUAAACAAAACUUUAAAUUUUGGAAUCCUCUAAACGGUUUUGUAUCUUUAUUAUUAAAUAAAUCAUGUAAAAGUUC